GAUCCAGCGAGGCUGGCGCAUCAUCGAGGUCAACCGCGUGCCCUUGGCGCCCGAGGACGUGCCGCGCGCACUGGCCAGGUAUCAGGAUCCCCCGCAAGACUUGGGAAAGUACACGGUCACCUUUGACUUCACGGAAUGUCGGCGCGAGCUGAGCAGACCCGUUUCAAAGGCCAAGCCAAAGGAGACGCCGAAAUGGAAGUGUCCCAAAAGCUUUCCUUUGCUGCACGCGGCGCUCGAAGGUCAUCUCUACAAAGAGCCCAGUCGCAUGGGUCCUGAGCGGUGGAAGCAUCCGGAGCUGGUGGCGGGCACCAGGCAAUGGUACGAAGCCAACAACUUGAGCUACAAGAGGGGUGCGCGAGACGCUGGUCGAGGCGAGUGGGUCCAUGCCACCGGUCCACACGGAGAGCUGCCCAAAGGCGUCCCGAGGUGGCCGGCCACCAAAGCCGAGGCCAAAUCCAAGAAGAAAGGCUCUUUCACGUCUAAGGUCUCUCUCUUCCUCAGCCGCGAUGUACAGCGCUCGGCCGAGAGCCUCCUGAGCCUCAGUGGCAGCCAAAGCUUGCCCAGCUUGGUGCUCGGUCAAGUCCCCUACCCGCCCACGCCGGCCUUUGUGCGAGAUGUGAUGCGACGUUGGUGCGAAGACCAAGCCGCGCGGGAAGAGGAAGAGGAGCGGUUGCAGAAGGAAGCCGAAGCGGCUGAGCAAGCGGCUCGGGAGCAGGCUGAGGAAGAUGCGCACCUGCUCGCAGAUCCGCGCGGAAGCCGUUUAGGAUUUGGGCUCUAG